AUGAGCAGUCGAAGAGGAACGCCAAAAGAAAUGAUAUCGGCAAUAUUAGCAAACAAAGAGCUGCGAAGUUUUACUAAUGGCGAAAAGAAAAGGAUAAACGAGGCAACAAGCCAUGUUGGUAUUAAAUGGCAUUUUAAUCCACCUGCAGCCCCUCAUUUCGGAGGAGUUCAUGAGAUCAUGAUAAAAGCCGCAAAACAAACAAUUUAUUCCCAACUGGGAAAUGCGGAUAUUACUGACGAAGAACUUAUUACAGCGUUUGCUGGGGCAGAAGGACUUAUAAAUUCCCGACCAUUGAGUUAUCAAUCGAGUGAUCCUAAAGACUGCACACCCCUUACACCGAAUCAAUUUUUAUUUGGACAAUUAGGUGGUAAGUUCGCCUCUGAUGCAGUGAACACUACUUCAUUCAACCCGAAAAGAAGAUGGCUUCGAGUCCAAGAAUUAAUAAAAAAUUUUUGGCAUCGCUGGAUGAAAGAAUGGUUACCCAUGCUUGGACCACAAAAAAAAUGGAAUAUCGUAAUGGGAAACUUUUCAAUAGGUGACCUGGUAUUGGUGCUCUCCGAAAAUACUUCAAGAGGCCAUUGGCCACUUGGUCGGGUAACUGAGGUUUUCCCUGGAAACGACGAAUAA